AUGUUUUUUGUAAAGCGAUGUCCUGACUUUAAGUUAAUUUGUACAUGUACUCGAUUUUACAGCUUCGCAAAAAAAUCUCAUUAUGAUGUUCUUAAUUUACGUAAGAACUGUACCGACAAAGAAAUUAAGGAUGCCUAUAUAAAACUGAGUAAAGAAUAUCAUCCAGACAAGAACAAAAAUGCUAGGGCUCAGGAGCAGUUUGUGCAAGUGCAGGAAGCAUACAAUGUGCUCAGCAAACCUGGCAGUAGAGCACAGUAUGAUACCAUGGUUGAGAUAGAAAUAAAUAAUGCCUACACAUACAAACCACAUGUGCCUUAUAAUUUACGUAAUAACCCACAAUAUGGUUUCUAUCAGGAGGCAAAAUCAUCUGGAACUACUUCCAAUGCAUAUUAUGGAGUGAAAGGUGUUAAAAAAUUACCAAACAUUGCUAUCAUUAUGAUAUGUUUUGGUGUUGCCUUUGUUGGAGUUUUAUUGCAGAUUAUUGUUAUCAGGAGUUCUUAUUUAUCGCAUCGCCGGCAAGUGCGUGAACAGUCUAUGAUGCUAGCUGAGGAGUUGGACCGGGUCAGGGCCAGUGCUAGGGGUAGCAGCAAUGAGGCACAGACACGCAUGAUGCUGGACAAGAUAGUGUCGGCCGCCAAUCCGACCAUUGCCACCGCGUCAUUGGGACAGUCCCUAGUGAACGAGAAAAAGAGGCCCAGGAGUUGCAGCCGUUGCAAGAAGUUGACUGACGUAGAUUCGGACUGCUGCACGUGCGCGGACGGCAGCGAAAUCAACUACCGUGAAAUCGUUAAGAAGAUAACGUCGUACUUAUAC